AUGGAUCUUGUUAGUGCUUGUUUGAUGUUUGAAUGCACCGGAACUCAGAAAACAGAAGAAAAUUACAGGAAAUUAUAUUCUGCUAUUAAUGCUUCUGUAGAUGAAGAUACACUUGUUGCUUUUAUUAAUAAAACUAGUGAUAUGAGCGUAGAAGAAAUUUUGUCUAAAGGAAAUAGUAUCAUUGAAUCUAUCGCAUUACAAGUUGCUUCUUCGCAGCCACAAGCUGAAACUACAAAAGUAGAGGAAAAGAAAGAAGAAGUUAAGGAAGAGGAGGAAGAAGUAGUAGAAGUUAAUUUAUUCGGAGAUGAUGAUGAUUUCUUUUAA